CCCAUGACCUCUCUCAGGUGGUUUCUUCCUAACCUUUAACACCUGAGGGGUGGCUGCAAGCGGGGCGGUGACACCGGCACAGGUAUGGCAGACCUAAGCACGUCCUGGGAGUGUGAGUUGCUGGAGCAAUUCUCCUGCCUGACUGCCGCCACAGAUGAAGAGCUCCGUCUGAACACAUCAGAUAUUACAUUGGAAAGCAGCGACAACACAACGUGCUUAUUACAUUUAAGUGAUGAAGUCCUCCUGGUUAUAAUGAGGAACUUGGACCCAGUGUCGCUGCUGAGGCUCGGCAGCACGUGCAGUUUAUUGUUCCGAGUUUGUUCGUGCAACUCUCUGUGGACCACACACUUCCAGGAUUCGUUUGGGGUCAGUCUGUCAUAUACCCACGCCAGGUGUCCCGUAACGGCCAAAACAGCCUUCCGCUUAGUUUUUAUGUGGAGAUCCCUCUUCAGAAACAUCCACUGUAACCGUGCGUUUCAGGAAAAGCUCUUUGUGGAGAUCCCACUGGCGCCACACAAGUACUGGAUCCAGUGGCUCGUGCUGGAGGAAAGUGUCCCCUUGCCUUCUGUGAGGCUUCCCUGCAGUGAUGUGGAGAAAAUGUGGGGCAUCACCACAGAUUUGUUCCAGGACAAACUCCAAGAGAAAACUGAAGAUUGUGACGCCCUGAAGUUUGAAUGGAGGGAGCUCUAUCAUCUUGCGUUGAAGCACCAUGGUAGUGUCUCACUGGUCUUCCAGCAUGUUCUCAACCAACACAAAAAUAAUGAGCAUCUAGAGCUGGAGUCCAUGUACCAUCAAUACGUCCAGUGCAGGUUCCAGUGGCUCUUCACAUACUGGUUGUUUCGUCAGCCGACUCCGUACAACAAGCAGCUGCGAUCCAUUUUCCUGCAGUGGAAGAAGCACAGCAAGAGAAAAGUGGCCACCUGGGGUGAAACCCUGUGUGAUGUGAGGUACCUGGCCUCCCUGCACCCCAUCACCAAAGACUACUGGAGAGGCCGAUUGGCCCGGGGAAAUGAGAAUCUGGGGAUUCAGACUGUUGGAAACUACUUCUCCAUGUGUAAGUCUCUCGUGGCCUGGAUCUUGGGCCGCGACUGGGGCCGACUGAAGCGAAGAAAGGUUUAUGAAGACACCCUGGAGGGUGUAUAUCUUCUGCUGAGGCGAGAGAUGCAGGAGACACUCAUCGAGCACGAGCGCUUCUGGCAAGUGGCCAAAGUCCAGAUGACCCGUGUCUGUACGCUGGAGGAGACGGCCGCAAAUUAUGUCAACUGGAAAAUGAUUGAGACGCUCCCCUACUACAAGCUGUAUCUGGUGUCUGGUAAUUCGGUGUACCUGGAUCAUGUGCAAGGUUUCUUGCGUAGAAAGAGGAUAAUCCGGGAUUGGAUUUACCUGGAGGAGAACAUCUGGGCUAGACAGUUACUCCCUGAAUCACUCUACACAUUGCUGGAGUUUGACACCAAGAUCUCUCAAGAGAGCUUACACGGGGACUCUCUGCCAGCCCAGCUGGGUCGACUCAUGUGGCUGUACCUGAACUCGGGUCAGGAGCUCUAUCUGGAGGCGGUGAAGGGAAUGGUGCUGCAGUGCGCUCAGGCCUGUCUCAACCAUCUCAGCACGCUUCAAGCCUGUGAAGUGCGUGUGGCGUAGUGCUGAUACACAGACCCAAAUAUUUUAACUGUUUUAACUAACCUUUUUUUUUUUUUUUUUUUUUUUUUUUUAUAAAUAUGCCUAAGAUUGUAUUUUUACAAUUUUAUUUUUUUGCUUUAAUGCACUAACACAUUCAUUCUCAAUUUGUGUCUGAGUAAAUGUAGUGCACAUGCAAUGUUUUUUUUAUUUUUAAAUCUUGUAUUGGUUUUAGCAUUGCAAAUGAUCACUAGUCUCCUUUCAAGAUGCUUUUUAUUGUAACUAUCAUGUGAAUUUUUAAUCUUGUCAUGGUAGACUGCAAGGUUGCUGAAUUAUUAAAGCACGUUCACAACCCACA